UUUGGCAGACUUGUAACCCACACUUUGGAAGCUGUUUUGACUGUAUUAUUUAUAGAUGCUAUAUAUUUUAAAUCACUUUAUAAAGUUGCAGUAUUUAGAAUAUGUAAAGAUGCUUUUUCUCAUCAGGUAAUUAUUUAA